AUGGCUGCUCACCUGUUCCAGCAUCUCUGGCGUGUGUGCAGCCGAUAUGCAGAAUCGCACUCGAGACAACAACAGUGCCGUGGCAGGAAAACCCACAACUACGGUGGCGAGCCCGCGAGAGAGGCAGCCUCGAGAGAAGGCCGGCAAUUUGGCCGGCAUGUAAAUGAUGACCGGCACCACAGGACUGUCCCGAUUUCCGUAGACGACAAAACCCAUUUGAUGCAAACGAGCACGAAAGUAUUGCGUGUUCCACGCCAACUGUUUGAGCCUGUUUCAAGAAGAGUUUCGCCGUCGUCGAAUAUCCGUGAGGAUGGGGAAAAAGAGAUGGACCAUACACAGACAGGGGCUUAA